CAAAGUGGGUGUUUUAGUAUCGAAAGGUUUCUGCCAUGAGACUGUUGCUUCUCUGUGUACUCGUCUGUUGGCUCUUUUCCCACACCGAGAACAGAAGGAAUUAUGGUCGGAAUCUGGCCUGCUUGACACACAACUUGUACAAGCACGAGAGUUCCUGUCCCGGGCCGCGGCGCAUCUUCUAUGCCUUCCAUCGCAUCAUCUUCAAUUGCACGAAGGUGUUCACCAAAUGCCCCAAGAUCCACAGGCACAACGAGUACACCACCCUGAAGCGCUGUCAGGAUGACUGCUACUUUCAUAUGAUAAUCCCGACCACACCGAAGCCAGCCAAUAGCUCGGGCAAUGGCACCACUAAUGGCACCACCGAUGGCGCCGCUGGAGGGGGCGCAAACGCAGGAACUGCCACUGAGGAUGGGAAGAAGGAUGAGAAGAAGGAUGAGAAGAAGGAUGAGAAAAAGUCCGACUUUGAUGCAGAAUCCCUUAUGCGUGCGAAUCCCUACAAAUUUGUGGGUCGCAAGGGUGAUGGCAAAACUCAAAUGAAAACCCAGUCACGUGUCCAAAGUAACAUAGCUGAAAGGCGUAGAAGAAGGUCUCGACGAUAUCAUUAGAUUUCCACAUUAAAUGGAAUUAGAGACAGUUCAGUCAUCACUAAUCGAAAUAGAAACGCCUAUUUACACCACUCCCAGUCCUCUACAGUAGUUCAAUCGAGUAUCUUCAGCGAUGUGGUGCCCUCAGACUGUCGCGUUUCUACUCCUUUUGUGGGGUCACUCGGCCCCUGUUCUCUCCGAUCGCUGCCUGGAAGCGAACCAGGGAAAGUCACUGGACUGUACAGGGCUACCGAAGCUCACCUACUACUACGAUGCGGUGGGAAAGCAGUGCGUUUCGAAGAGAUCCAAGUGCCUUUCUAGCCCCGUGGCCAAUAUGUUCGACACCAGACAGCUGUGCCUGGCCGAGUGCCAGCAUCACAUGCUCCGGGACUGAGACGCCUUCGCUUCCCCAGAGACACACACAUUCUCUCCACCAGAGACAAACACUCUCUCUUCACUAGGAUUAAAGCAAUGUUUUUAUGGCUUUUAGUGCA